UCUUUAUAAAAUCGCCUCUCUUCGUCUCCGCUUCUAAUUUGCUCGCAGUCACAGGCCUCUUUGCUCUCUCGCCUACAAGGAAGGAGAUUUAUUAAGCAUCCGAAGCUCAACAACAAAAAAUGUCAGGUGAAGAGGUUGUUGCUCCUGUUGCUGAGACCACCCCGGCCCCCGCUCUUGGUGAGGCCAUGGAUCUCAUGACAGCAUUGCAGAUUGUGCUCAGAAAGUCACUUGCUCAUGGGGGUCUUGCUCGAGGCCUUCAUGAAGGUGCAAAAGUGAUUGAAAAGCAUGCUGCCCAGCUGUGUGUACUGGCAGAGGACUGCAACCAACCUGACUAUGUCAAGUUGGUCAAGGCACUAUGUGCUGACCACAAUGUGAGCUUGCUGACAGUUCCAAGUGCAAAGACCCUUGGAGAGUGGGCUGGUUUAUGUAAAAUUGACUCUGAGGGAAAGGCCAGGAAGGUUGUUGGCUGUUCUUGUGUUGUUGUGAAGGACUUCGGUGAGGAGAGUGACGGUCUUAAUGUUGUCCAACAGCACGUUAAGUCUCACUGAGUAGCUGCAAACGGUCCUAAAACUCAUUUGAUGGGUGAUCUUAAUGAGACGAUAUUUAUAGAGACCUGUGUUUUUUGUUCAAUUUGUUGGUUGUCUCACUCCAAGGAGUUUUUUGAGUGUUUAGUUGCUAUUAACUUAGUAUUUUCUUUACCUUAAUUGCAGUUGAACAUCUAUUUUUCAUAUAUUUUAGCUGGAUCAAACAAUCAUGGUUUGAGCGAAAAUUGACACUUAGCACAUCCCAAUUUAUCAUUUUUUUUUU